AUGGCUCCUUUGACCGUUGAGCUCAACACUCCCAUCACGGGCCCCUACUCACAACCCAUUGGCCUGUUCAUUAACAACGAGUGGGUUGAGGGUGUCGACAAGAAGAAGUUUGAGGUCGUCAACCCCGCCACCGAGGAGGUCAUCACCUCUGUCUGCGAAGGUACCGAGAAGGAUGUCGAUCUGGCCGUUGCCGCUGCCCGCAAGGCUUUCAACACAACAUGGAGAAAGAUUGCUCCCGGUGAGCGUGGCCGCCUGAUGCUCAAGCUCGCCGAUCUCGCCGAGAAGAACCUCGACCUUCUCGCCGCUGUCGAGUCUUUGGACAACGGCAAGUCCAUCACCAUGGCCCGAGGUGAUGUCGGCGCUGUUGUUGGAUGCAUCCGCUACUACGGUGGCUGGGCCGACAAGAUUGAGGGAAAGACCCUUGACAUUGCCCCCGACAUGUUCAACUACACUCGCCACGAGCCUCUUGGUGUUUGCGGUCAGAUCAUUCCCUGGAACUUCCCCCUUCUCAUGCUUGCAUGGAAGAUUGGCCCUGCCCUGGCCACUGGUAACACCAUCGUCAUGAAGACCGCUGAGCAGACCCCCCUGUCAGCCCUCGUCUUCGCCAACCUCGUCAAGGAGGCUGGUUUCCCCCCCGGAGUUUUCAACCUGAUCUCUGGUUUCGGCAAGACUGCCGGUGCCGCCAUCUCUUCUCACAUGGACAUUGACAAGGUCGCCUUCACCGGCUCAACCGUCGUUGGCCGCCAAAUCAUGAAGGCUGCCGCCGCCUCCAACCUGAAGAAGGUCACCCUUGAGCUGGGUGGCAAGUCCCCCAACAUUGUCUUCAACGAUGCCGACAUUGAGCAGGCCAUCUCAUGGGUCAACUUUGGCAUCUACUUCAACCACGGCCAGACUUGCUGCGCCGGUACCCGUAUCUUUGUCCAGGAGGGCAUCUACGACAAGUUCCUCGAGGCCUUCAAGAAGCGCGCCCUGGCCAACAAGGUCGGCGACCCAUUCCACCACGAGACCUUCCAGGGACCCCAGGUCAGCCAGCUGCAGUUCGACCGCAUCAUGGGCUACAUCCAGUCCGGAAAGGAGGAGGGCGCCACAGUCGAGAUUGGUGGUGAGCGUCAUGGUGAGAAGGGCUACUUCAUCCAGCCCACCGUCUUCAGCAACGUCACCGCCGACAUGAAGAUUAUGCGCGAGGAGAUUUUCGGCCCCGUCGCCGCCAUUGCCAAGUUCAAGGAUGAGGAGGAGGUCAUCCAGAUGGGCAACGACUCCAACUACGGUCUUGCCGCUGCCGUCCACACCAGAGACCUCAACACCGCCAUCCGUGUCUCCAAUGAAAUCCAGGCUGGUACCGUCUGGGUCAACUGCUACAACUUGCUGCACCACCAGAUGCCCUUCGGUGGCUACAAGGAGUCUGGUAUCGGCCGUGAGCUCGGUGAGGCCGCGCUGGCCAACUACACUCAGAACAAGUCGGUUGCCAUCCGUCUGGGAGGCGCCCUGUUCUAA